AAUAUAAUAAGCAAAGAGUACACAAACCACAAACACCAACAAUAAGCAGUAUCACAUUAUACGUUUUCUGUAUCAGUAUUUUGUCUAGUUUGGAGUUAGGGGGGCACAAUUGAACAUUUCUGAAUAACAACACUUGACCACAGAUUUCCUCUGUGACUUGACUGGCACUGGAUCUUAUUGCUCUGUGGUUAGUGUCCAGAAAACAAAAGGGAACGAAAUAUAUUACUUGAAAUAAUCUACUAUCUUUUGGAAAAUGUCUAUAGAAAUUGAAUCUGCAGAUGUUAUACGCCUAAUCCAACAGUACCUAAAGGAAUCUAACUUAUUGAGAACAUUACACACAUUGCAGGAAGAAACUGGUGUAACUCUCAAUACUGUGGAUAGUGUUGAUGGAUUUUGCGCUGAUAUAAACAAUGGACAUUGGGACACAGUUUUGAAAGCUAUUCAGUCAUUGAAACUUCCUGACAAAAAGCUGAUUGAUUUAUAUGAACAGAUUGUCCUGGAAUUGAUAGAACUUCGAGAAUUGGGUGCUGCAAGAUCAUUACUUAGACAAACGGAUCCUAUGAUAAUGUUAAAGCAAAAUGAACCUGAAAGAUAUAUACAUUUAGAAAAUCUAUUGGCUCGGUCAUAUUUUGACCCUCGUGAGGCAUAUCCAGAUGGAAGUAGCAAAGAAAAAAGACGUGCCGGCAUAGCUCACGCACUAUCAGGAGAAGUAUCUGUUGUGCCGUCUUCUCGUCUCCUAGCAUUACUCGGACAAGCAUUAAAAUGGCAACAACAUCAAGGUUUACUACCUCCUGGAACAACUAUUGACUUGUUUAGAGGAAAAGCUGCUGUUAGAGAACAGGAGGAGGAGACAUUUCCAACACAGAUGGCCAAACAGAUCAAAUUUGGUCAAAAGUCUCAUGUUGAGUGUGCUCGUUUCUCUCCUGAUGGACAAUAUCUCAUCACAGGAAGUGUUGAUGGUAUUAUUGAAGUAUGGAACUUCACAACUGGAAAAAUACGAAAGGAUUUGAAGUAUCAGGCUCAGGAAAAUUUUAUGAUGAUGGACAGCCCCGUUUUAUGUAUGGCAUUCUCGCGGGAUAGCGAAAUGUUGGUGACAGGAUCCCAAGCAGGAAGAGUGAAAGUGUGGAGAAUAAGUUCUGGACAAUGUUUGAGGAAAAUUGAAAAAGCACACUCCAAAGGUAUAACCUGUUUGCAGUUCUCCAGGGAUAACAGUCAAGUGUUGAGUGCAUCUUUUGACAACACCGUAAGGAUACAUGGAUUGAAAUCUGGAAAAACUUUGAAAGAAUUCAGAGGACAUACCUCAUUUGUUAAUGAGGUAAUUUUCACUCAAGAUGGACAUAAUAUACUGAGUGCUUCCUCUGAUGGUACAGUGAAGGUAUGGAGUAUAAAAACAACUGAGUGUACGAAUACUUUCAAAUCUCUCGGAGCAAGUGACAGUGCUGUAAAUAAUAUCCAUAAUUUUGCCAAGAAUCCUGAGCACUUUGUUGUUUGCAAUAAAACAAAUACAGUGGUUCUGGUUAAUUUACAGGGACAGAUUGUUAGGUCUUUUGCUAGUGGUAAACGUGAAGGCGGUGACUUUGUGUGUUCAACUGUUUCCCCUAGAGGAGAUUGGAUCUACUGCGUUGGUGAAGAUAUGGUUCUGUAUUGCUUCUCCACUAAUUCAGGAAAAUUAGAGAGAACCCUAAAUAUACAUGAAAAAGAUGUAAUCGGUAUAUCACAUCACCCUCAUCAGAAUCUUAUUUGUUCAUAUAGUGAAGAUGGACUUGUUCGUCUUUGGAAACCAUAAUGUGUUUAUAUUGAUUAAAAUAAUAUUAAAAAAAUG